AUGAACUCCGCCUUUACCCUCGCCGCCCCCAUCGACAACGACAAGGACGACAACAAUAACAUCCUGGACAGCGCCCGCGAUGGGCCCUUCAACGUCACCAUCCAAGCCGGGAUCGCAGGCGCGAUCCUCAUCCUGGCCGGCUUCAUCCUCUGCUUCUUUGGAUACCGCGUCUUCCAUGUCACCAUGUUCCUCAUUGGAUUCUAUUUCUUUGGGAACUUGACCUAUAUCGGCAUGGCGAACGGAGGCAUCACGAAUUCGACACUCUUGUUGGCAGUUGCAGUUGGUGUUGGUGUCGUUGGUGGGUUGCUCCUGGUUUGCUGCUCCAAGCUGGGGGUUGCGGUCCUAGGUGCGUUGGCACUUUAUGCGUUGGGGCUUUGGAUCUUGGGCUGGAAGUCUGGCGGGGUCAUUACCUCAUCCACCGGCCGGAUCAUCCUCCUCGUCGCUUUGGCAGUCGUCGGAUUCAUCUUGGGACUCUUCCGCGAACGCGAAAUGGUCAUAAUCGGCUCGGCCCUCGUCGGAGCCUAUUCAUUCGUGAUUGGUGUCGACAUGUUUGCCCAUACCGGGUUCAAGGAACAGGCAGACCAGUUUAUCAACUCCAAGAAUACGAUUGAGGAAGAUUUCAAGAACCAAUCGACGGGGUCGUAUGCGCUGUUGGCGACUUUUAUUGCCAUGGCGGUUUUGGGGUUCUUGAUCCAGUUUUGGGCUUUUGGAAGGAGGAGGGCGUUUAGGCCGGUGGCUGUUGCUCCUGCGCCUGCGACAAAUGUUGUUUAUACGGAGAAGCCUAGUCGGUUUGGGUUCUUUAGACGUCGCCAUUAA